GGGGGUUUUUCAGCCAUGUCGUCGUUUGUUAACGCCUGCUGCAACACACCGCCGGUGACUGCCGAUUAUACGCCAACCGGCACGGCUAUACAGAUCGGCGGCACUAAAAUCUAUCUUGCUGGAUCCACCAGAUCAAGGUUUGGCAUAAUCUUCUGCUACGACAUAUUCGGGUUCCACCCAAAUGUGUACCAGUAUGCUGAUCUGCUGGGCCAGGCCGGGUUCCGCAUAGCAAUGCCAGACUUUCUGCACGACAGGCCGUUAACAGUGUCUGAUCUUGGCAACAAGGACGUGUUUGCCGACUUUUUGAUGACCCGGGCCGGCUGGGCGGUUAACCGCGAUGUAUUCGUGAAAACCCGCAAGGUGCUCGCAGACGAGGGGAUCAAGCAGAUCGGCGCAAUUGGGUUUUGCUGGGGCGCCAAGCUCGUCAUGGGCGCUAUCGGCGAGAACCUGGGCAUCAGUGCUGGCUGCCUGGUCCACCCGAGUGCGCUAGCAAGGACGAGAAGGACUUUUCUGGAGGAAUUCGCCCAAGUCAAGCAACGGUUUGAGAUGAGCGUACGUGAUCGGUACGAGGACAUGCACCAUGGGCCAGCGCAGGCAGACAGAACAGUCUCAUUCCUAGCGCAGGUGGCUGGGCAAUGACUGAAAAAAGAAAAGCGCC